GUUCGAUUUUAGUGAUUUAAAAAAUAAAUUAAUUCAAUGGAAAACUCAAAAGUUACAAUCCAUUUGUCCAUCUAACGGAGUGCAGUUGCAGAAUUUAUUAAGCCUCGUAUGUAGUACAGCUCAGCCCACAAAUGUUACGUUGAGAGAUUCUUGCAUUUCUUGUUUCCAAAGAGUUACUUCUAUGCAAGAGGGCCCUCAAGAACUAAAUGCUCUGAGUGCAUGUGCUUUGCAAUAUUUUACAAACACAACUUAUGCGACUUGCGCUACAUCGCUAGUGGCAUUAUCUACUUCUGCAUUAAAUGUCCAACCAUCAGGCUGUUUUAUGGGAUACUGUGAUUUUGUUAGGUGUCUUAGACGUGUAAACUCUAUGAACCUGAUCACACAAUGCACAAGAGAAGCAAGAACCGGCAUAAACAUAACUUUGGAUGCAGACAAUGUACGUUUCUAUACCAAUGUUACAUCAUGUCUACUAGCAAAAUCACGAUGUAGUUCAUUCAAUCCUAUAACAGGGGAUCCUCAAACUCCAGGUUACACAUCAGCUGGAGUGAGAGUUAGCAAUGCUCUUCAGUUUUCAGCAGCAGGUGAACUUAGAAUUCUUGCAUUUUCAGCUGCUACACCUGUUUCAAUUUCGUUUUGCUCAACGCCUUCUAAUUUGACGCAAACGAGUUGGCUUACCAAUAUAUGUUAA